CGUACAUAUAAUUUUAAUAAAUUUCUAAGUGAUAGACUAGCAGCAGACAGACCAAUUCCUGACUCUAGAGACCAAUUGUGUAGAACCAGAAAAUAUGAUACAACUUCGCUACCAACCGUUAGUGUUAUUAUUAGUUUUAUAAAUGAGGCGAAUUCAACUUUAAUGAGAACAGUACAUUCAGUUAUCAACAGAACUCCUGUAAAUUUAUUAACUGAAAUUAUUCUUAUUGAUGACUUCAGUAAUUCUGGUAAGAAAUUUAUAAGAAUAACUCAUUUCUCUAAUGUUGUUCUCAUUCAUAAUUCUAAGCGAUUAGGUGUGAUAGCAUCAAGAGUACUUGGUUCAAGAAGAGCUCAAGGGCAGGUGUUGAUGUUUCUAGAUAGUCAUUGUGAAGUAAAUGUAGGAUGGAUAGAGCCAUUGUUAACCAGAAUAAAGGAGAACAGGCAAACUGUAGUUUCUCCGGUUCUAGAUGCUGUUGACAAAGAUACAAUGCUAUACCAACCAUCUCCAGUAUUCACGCCUGGAUUUACAUGGAGUUUGACUACAAGGUGGGAUCCACUAAAGCCUGACCUUGAACGAAACGUCACAGCUCAAACAUUUCCCAUACGGUCCCCUUUGACAACUGGUGGAAUAUUUGCAAUAGACAAAAAUUAUUUUAGAACUCUUGGUGAAUUUGAUCCAAAUUUUCAGUUAUGGGGCGGUGAAAACUUUGAAAUAUCUUUUAAGACAUGGAUGUGUGGUGGACGCAUUGAAAUGGUUCCGUGUUCAAGAGUAGGUCAUAUUUUCCGAAUUCCUGGUGCUGGGGAUAAUUCAUUAGCUACCUACUUAGAAAAUCUGGAGAGAGUAGCCCUGGUAUGGAUGGAUGUUUAUAAGAAACAUUACUUCGCUUCAAGAAAGGAGGGUAGAACAUUGAAUGCUAGUGCGGUUGCUGAUAGAGUCGAGUUACGAGAAAGAUUGGGAUGUAAAAGUUUCAAGUGGUAUUUAGAUACUGUUUAUUCUGAA